AUGUCAUCCAAAAAAUUAACUAAAAAGAGGGAACUCCUGAUAGAAGAAGAGAACAAAGAAUCCAAUUUAAAAAUUGAUUCUAAGUAAACUCUUUCAAGACAAUAGACCAACAAGACUUAAUAAAAUCUUGCAAAAUUCUUUGGAAUACUUUAAAAAUGUAUGGAGAAAGAUAAACCAGAUAUAAUUUGCUUUAAUGAUAUGAAAACUGAUAAAAAUAUUAAUUUAUCUGAUUAGCUGCAUCAUUCACUUCCUGAGGGAUAUGAAUAAUACUGGAAUUGCUCAAAAGUUUAAAAAGGACAUGCAGGGGCUGGUCUUGUUACAAGAAUUAAACCCUUAUCUGUUUAGUUUGAAUUUGAAAUGGAGAAGCAUUAAGAUGAAGGAAGCAUGAUUACUGCAGAAUUCAAGAAUUUUACUUUGAUAAUUGUUCAUUUACCUAUUGCUGGCAAAGAUUUAAGUAGUGAUUUUUAAAGUUUUUAAGACUGGAAUAAAGAUUUCUUCGAAUAUCUAGAUAAAAUUAGGAUUAUAAAAUAAAAACCAUUGAUAUUGGCUGGUUAUGUUGAUGCAUUUAAGCAUCUCCAUCCUGAAAAAAGAGAAUAAGCAUAUUUAUCCUCAGUAUACAAGGAUGCAAUGGCUUGUAACAAAGAUUAGAGGAAUGAUAAUUUUAUCCUACACAAGGAUGAUCUAGACUUUGUUGUUGAUAGUAUCAUUCAUUAAAAAUAUAGUGGUAGUAAUAAUGCCCAUAUUGAAGAACCUGACUAAAAAUAAGAAUUUCAUCCUUAAGAUAAUGUUCAAGAUAAAAAAGAGGAAAUAAUAGUAAAUACAAAUGCUAAAGAGGAGACUUAGAAUUUUGAAAUUGAUAUUGAAAAAGAAGAGGAAUAAAAAUUUAAUUAGCUUGUGGAGAAUGAAGUCUAAAGAAGAUUGAAUUAAGUGAUAUCAAUCCUAGGUAAAAUUGGAUAAGAUACUAUUUGGGCUGAAAAAAAUGUGAUGGCAGGUAGAAUUAGAUAAAUAGUCUUCGAUUAAUUUUCCCAAUAAAAAGCUAAACAAGUGAAAAAUAAAGAGGAAGGAAAUUAAGUACCUUAGUGGGAUGAUGAUUAUAAAAUAUAUGAUGAAGAAUUCUGA